CAUGCGCGGGCGGCCGCGUUGGGCGGCAGGCGAGGCUGCGGUGCCGGUGCGGGUGCCCCCUUCCUCCUGCCCUCGCCCGCUCCAGGCGACCCGCUGAGAGAUGGACUUGGCAGGCGUGCUGCUGGCGCUGCUCCUCGUGCUGGUGCUGGUGGUCUCUCUGCUCUCCAACCUCCUGGUGCUGCUAUGCUUCGUCUACAGUACGGAGAUCCGCAAGCAGGUCGCCGGGGUUUUCCUGGUGAACUUAUCCUUCUGCAACCUGCUUCUCACCGUUCUGAACAUGCCUUUUACCCUGCUGGGCAUCCUGAGGAACCAGCAGCCCCUCGGGGGCUGCGUCUGCAAGGCGGUGGGUUUCCUGGAAACUUUCCUGACUUCCAACACGAUGCUGAGCAUGGCAGCACUCAGCAUCGACAAAUGGAUUGCCGUGGUGUUCCCCCUAAGCUACACCAGCAAGAUGCGGUAUAAGGACGCUGUGAUACUGAUGGGCUAUUCGUGGUUCCACUCCCUCACGUUCCCCUUGGUAUCCUUGUUUUACUCAUGGGUAGAUUAUAACAGCGUUUAUGCCUCUUGCACCUUACACCUGAAGGAAGAGACGGAGCGGAGAAGGUUUACAGUGUUCACCAUUGUCUUUCACUCCACCAGUUUCAUGCUGUCUCUGGUGAUCUUGUGUUUCACCUAUUUAAAGGUGUUGAAAGUUGCCCGGUUCCACUGCAAGCGGAUAGACAUUAUUACCAUGCAGACUCUGGUUUUGCUGGUGGAUAUCCACCCCAGUGUGAAGCAGCGCUGUCUGAACGAGCAGAAACGGAGGAGGCAGCGGGCUACCAAGAAAAUCAGUAUUUUUAUAGGGUCGUUCGUGAUCUGUUUUGGUCCUUACAUUAUCACCAGGUUGAUAGAGCUCCUUCCUUUUGUUACCAUAAAUUACUACUGGGGAAUUAUAAGCAAGUGCCUCACCUACAGUAAGGCUGCAUCAGAUCCGUUUGUUUACUCACUUUUACGUCAACAGUACAAAAAAGCUCUGAUCAACAUCGUCAACAGGAUACUUAAGAGGGACCUGUAUCCAUCAUCGGGGUACAAUAGUUCUCUCGACACUGAAAACGACUACUGCUUGCACAGAACAAACUGACAGCAUGAAAGCAUUCCCCUUCCAGGGAGACAGGUGUUUGCUGCUGCUGGAAAGCUGCCUUUCUCCUCUGAUGCUGACAGUGGUGACAGUGUCUCCAGGGUGUGAAGGCUGCAUUAAUGUGACACAUUUCAUCGUGGACUUUCAUAAAAGGCUCUUCCCUGGUCUGCAGCCAAGCACAAUUCAUGGCAAAGCCUUGUCCCCGCGUGAAUAGAGUUGGCUUGAGGGGUUUUAAGAGAACCUUUCGAGGCUUUAGAGAAGCUUAGACAGCUCUUAAUGUUUCAUGUGUGAAGACUUGGUAUGACUUGGAGCAUUCCAUAUGAGACAUGAUAUUCCAGUGUCUUCUGGGAGCACAGGAAUCCCCACAUUGGAAGGACAGGUUCAGAGUCCUCAGUGCUGCACGUGUAACUUGGCAGCCCAGGAUCUGCUGUUAGUUUUGAACAUAAAAAAUAGGUCUUCUAAUUGAUUGAUUUAUUGUAUUGGUGCCUCAAGUGAGUCAGCACUUUGAAUCUGAGAUUGCUAUUAUUAUUAUUAUUAUUAUUAUUAUUUAUUACUAGGCAUCAUGAUUGUAACAUAGCCUUUAGGAAGUGGUACAUAUAUUUGAUAUGCCAGUAUUCUAUCAAGCAUAACCAAAGUCCACAUAUCUGAGUUACUAAUAUUUAGCACUUCAGUGGUAUGUGAUUACAAUAAUUGCAGCAACAGUAACGAAGACAUGUACGGAAUUUAGUUAAAUAGCACUGUAGUUCCAUCACUGAGCUAGUAGUCCUAUUCAAGCAAGCUUUUAUUCAGAAAAAAAAAUCAGUAGAAGUGACAGGUACCAUUGUGUUUAAGAUAUAUUACUUCAACUAUCUGUUUUCAAAGAAAAGGCUAAAAUAUAUUAAAUCUUUUUUAAGGGAUAUAUAAUGUGUAAAAUAUUUCAUGCAUUGGCUAUAUAUGGUGGAUUGUCAUAAUACUGUACAAUCUUUUCAUUAAUAAUGAUCAAUUAAUUUGGUGAUUUUAACUGACAACAAGAGAUGUGAGAAAUAUUAUAACAGACCUGCUGCCAAAUGCCCAGAAAUAUAAAGCUGCUUUGUUAUUAUA